UUCCGAGUCCUGCGGAAGGAGUGACCACAAUGGUACGCUGAGUUCAUUGAGAUAAAAAGAAACGGUAUUGAAAGAACCGUCUGUGUUUGUCUCUGUGUUUGGCUACACUCCACAGCGUUUCUCCCGAGAAAGUUUGAAAAACUGCUUCGCCAUGGACACUGCGGUGCUGAGCCUCCAGGGCUUGUACGACACGAUGAGGACGCAGGUUGACCUCCUCAACGAGAACAUUGAGCCCAACUUCAUUCAGAUGGCACAAAACUUCGACGACUGCCGUCGCAAAUGGCUGCGGGCUGAACUGGAGCUGGGCUCCUGCAAAGAGUCCCUCACCAAGACCGAGACGGAGCGGGGAGCUCUGGAGGUCAAACUGAAGCACGCCCGCAACCAGGUGGACGUGGAGAUCCGCCGCAGACAAAAAGCAGAAGCAGACUGUGAAAAGCUGGACCGUCAGAUUCAGCUGAUCCGGGACCUCCUGACCACUGAAGGCUCCUCCAACAGCAUCCAGCUGAGUGCAGAGCAGCGCUCAGCUCUGGCCUUCCUCAACACAAACUGUCAGCCAACCUCCCACCUGAAUACCAGCCGAAGAAUGACGACAAUAGAUGAGUCUGCCUCCAUCCUGUCAGACAUCAGCUAUGACAAAACAGAUGAUUCUCUGGAUUGGGAUUCCUCCACUGUGAGGCCAGCCCGACUGAAGAAACGAGAGAAGCGGCGCUCCUCCAGAAACCACAUUGAAGGUCCUCCAACUGCUUCCAAAAGGUCUCGAUCAACAAGCAAAACUGCAGGAAUGGGAAAUGAAAGCCUUGUAACAACAACCACAGUGACUGUUCCUGCGGGCGGUGGACCUGUGGAGGCAGUUUCGACUAUAGAGACUGUUCCUUACUGGACUCGGAGUAGGAGAAAGACCGCUGCUAUGGAGUGGGACUCUGAAUCUGUUAAGUCUGUGGAUGUCUUCAAGCAGCCUGACAACCCAGAGGAAGAGAUCAGAGUGAUGCCCUCUACCCCGCAGAGCAAAAGCGGUGUCCGCUUUCACGAGUUUGUCUCCAAGACGGUAAUCAAGCCCGAGUCCUGUGUGCCCUGCGGAAAGAGGAUCAAGUUCGGCAAAGUUUCGCUGAAGUGCCGUGACUGCAGGGUGGUCUCGCACCCUGAGUGCCGCGAGCGUUGCCCCCUGCCAUGCAUCCCCAACUUGGGUGGCACACCAGUCAAAAUUGGGGAGGGUGUGCUCGCUGACUACGUCCCAGACACUUCGCCCAUGAUCCCGCCGCUCGUGGUCCACUGUAUCAGCGAGAUCGAGCAGAGGGGCUUGCAUGAGGCUGGACUGUACCGUCUUUCCGGAGCCGAGCGCACCGUGAGGGAGCUCAAAGACAAGUUCCUCCGCAGCAAAACCGUCCCCGUCCUCAGCAAAGUGGACGACAUCCACGCCAUCACAGGCCUCCUCAAGGACUUCCUGAGGAACCUCAAGGAGCCCCUGGUCACCUUCCGCCUCAACCGGCCCUUCAUGAACGCAGCCGAGGUUUCAGACGACGACAACAGCAUCGCCCUGAUGUACCAGACCAUCGGCGACCUGCCUCAAGCCAACAGAGAGACUCUGGCUUUCCUGAUCCUUCAUCUGCAGCGCGUCGCUGACAGUCUGGACACCAGGAUGGACAUCAGUAACUUGGCCAGAGUCUUUGGCCCGACCCUUGUGGGACACGCCGUUCCCAACCCGGACCCAAUGACCAUCCUGCAGGACACCAAACGGCAGCCGAAGGUUGUGGAGCGCCUGCUGGCUCUGCCUGCCAGCUACUGGAGCCAGUUUGUGAUCGCAGACAGCGAGAAGCCCAACUUGGACCAUCUGAUCAUAGAGAACGCAAACUGCUACGCCACCCCCGAGAGAGUGAGCAUCCUGGGACCCCUGACCACUCCAGAGCACCAGUUCAAUAAGACCCCCUCCUCUAGUUCGCUGUCUCAACGCAUGAAGUCCACUCUAACACCCAGAUUUGGGAGCAAAAGCAAGUCGGCCGUCAAUUUUGCUCAGAAGGGAAAGUUCUUUUCAUCGCCUCUCCUCAAAUAAUAUGAAGGAGCUAAUCUCCACUCUGUCCUCAACCAGAAGUACCACCUGAUGCAUUUGUGCGUUUAUGCAACACAUAAAAGCUUCCAGAUUAGGCUUCCUCUCUGAAUUCCUUGUAUUUUGCAGAAUUAGUAGUUGUAUUUACGUGUUUGUUUUUUAACCAAAUAGUAGGUUUUUCUAUCUAUGCACCCUUGUGUCUUUAGAGUAGUUGCUUUGAUGUAAUUCUUCACAUGCCAUCCUCAUCUGGGACUUGAAGAGCGUACUGUAUUCCCGCCUGUUUUAAGAAGCGUGCUCGCAGAUGAAAAUAUGUCCUGUUCCUGUUUUAUUGUAACCAUUUCUUUCGGGAGUUUUUCGGCCCAUGUGUCACUCAGAGGUUGAAAAAUUGCUUGUUGGGCGUUUCAUUUCAGGGCGUGUGUGUGUGAGUGUGUGUUGAUCAGUUUUGCCGUAGUUUCUUUUUGGGAUUAAACAGUUGUCACCAGUGACGUGUCAUGUAAAUGUUUAGAAUUGUAUGUUCCUCUUUUCAUUUUCAGUCAGAACUAAAACCAGUAGUUUAACAGACUAAAAAUGACACUUAUGUCUUCUUGACCAGUUGUAGAUUUUUUUUUAUUAUUAUUUUUACGUCUCUUUGCGAGGGCCAACAAAGCCGCGGACUCCCAUUGGCUGUGAUCACCAGGAACACUGUCCGCUGGUUGAUUUGUUCCGGCCUGUAAUCUUUACUUUAUGUGACGAUUUCCCCACCACCACCAGUGUUUAUGGCCCUGUGUAAUGUUUGUACUGUGGGGAGAUUUACUCUGAGCAAUCCCCUGCAAAAGGCAUUUACUUUGUUAUAUUAACCAGUUCAGUUCACUGUGGCAUUAUUUGAUUAUUGGCACACUGUCUGCAGUUCAUGUAACUUAUAAAAUACAUUUCUAGCAU